AUGGGAAAGAUGUGGUCCGUAGAUCAAGGAAACGAUGUCAAGCUUCGGAUCCGACUGGGCCAGAUGGCUCUCAAAGAUGGCUGGCUGACGCGUACCGCUGCGCGUUCGCUGCAAAAGGUUCGGCCGGCACCAUCGCAAGUCAUUCAUUCUAUGGUGAACCUGGAAAAUCAGCGUCAGCGUGUGCGUUCUCAGCAGUUGGCUGCUCCAUCCCACGCGGAAUGGUGGCUCAUCUGUGGCUCGGAACGGAAACAAGCCUCAGAGCCAAGAGAGGGGGGAACCGACCGUCAAGGAACUGCUGUGGUGCAAUUUGUGGCUCAACCCACCAGCGAACAACGAAACGACAUGUGGCUGGGGAGCCGGGAUUGGGCCCGGGAUAACGACAGCCCUGGGACAGGGUCCGGAGCAGGCAUCGGAGUUUGCAACAAUGCAACCUCUUUGACCCUCUCCUAG